ACUAGCACCGUCGCCCUCCCGGCCCGGCCGGGCGCCGGGGCCCGGGCGGGGCUGGGUGGGGACUGGGCAGAUGCCUCUGAACUUCCAGGCCAGGGAGAGAAAGGCGGAGCUGGUGCUCUGAAUGGUGGCCAUUCUGGCAGGUUCUCCUUCUUGGUCUCGGAAGCCACUUGAAACUAGGAGAGGUGUUUGGGACCCAGUUUGGUGGGAGGGCUCUGGAUCUGUGGGAACACAGCCCCUGUACUUGUUCCGCUGUGCCACUCCCUUUCUCACUGCCCUGGAGAAUUGCCCAGCCCCUCCAGGAGUCUCUUCUUGACUCAGUGGCCCUGGCUCUGAUUCUAACCCACUGAGCCCAAUGCCGUUUUUCUCCAGCUUUCUGGAGCCUUCUCUUAACCCUUCCCCAGCCCUGGGAUCUGCUGUGAGCCCCAGUUUGCACCCUCCACUGGUGGGCCCCACUAAGGCAGGUGGGCCCAAUGUAUCCAAUUCUCCCUUAGUGUGUCCUGCUGGUAAAGAGCCACAGCCUCAAUGGAGGAGACCAGGAGCCAAUAGGAGCUCACUCCAUUUGUUAAGAGAGCUCAGAAGGAUCAGAAAAGACUUCCCAGAAGAGGGGAACUUUGAGCAGGGUCUUAAGAGAUUGAGUAGGAUCUGACAGGGAAGAAAAGUCAUUCCAAGAUAAGGGAAGUGUAUGAACAAAGUUAGGAAAGUGCGAGCAACAAUCUGGUGGGCCUGGCUAAUGAGGCACUGGGGAGGGCUAAUCCAAGGAAUAGCUUGUGUGGCCGAGUGUUUUGACUCUAUAUAAGUAAACUAGGGUGUUAGGGAGGUGGCUAGUGACUAGGAUGAGGGGUCGGAAUGGGGUGAGACUGGAGGUAGAGAGACCAUUGGGGAGAUAGGGGUUCCUGUAAGUCCUGGGAGGUGCCGAGUUAGCACUGGAGUGAUGCGAUAGAGCCAGACAGGGAAAGCUUUAGGAGGAGGAAUUAGUAGGACCGUUUGGACUGACUAAAGGAGGGGCAAGAAGGAUUUGAAGUCAAAGAGGUCAGGUUUCUAGUCUAAAUUGUGUGGCUGGGAAAACUUGCAGUAAAUAACUAAAGGAGAGAGAGAAUGAGUUGAGUUCUGCAGGUGUGAAGUUUGAAACACUGGCAGGAGAUUUGUAUAGAGAUGUCAGAAGCAGGCAGUUCAUUCAUUUAUUUAUUUAUUAUUGAUGCCAGCCUCAAAGGCAGCUUACAUGAAAGUCACAGAGGAGAUAAAUGAUAAAACCACUAAAACUCAGCUAAAGGACCUGAUAGCUAAGUAACAAAGGCAGAGGAGCGUGGAUAGUUUAUUACUGGAACAUCUAGGCUCAGAAAAGCCACUGAAAAUGAACAUAGGACUCCUGUCUGAGUUUGCUGGCAGCCAAGCAAACAACAAGAAAAAAAAAAAAUAAAGCAGUGAAUGAGGCUGGAACUCAGGAGAAAGGCAAUAGGUGGUAGGAGAUAAAAUGGGAUUACUCAGGUGGCAGGUGUAGGAGAGGGAGGAGAGCUGAAAGCCAGGACAGGGCUUCAGCAAUGCUGACCUUUCAGGAAGGGCUGAUCCUCUCCUGGAAAGGAAGGCCCCUCCUAAGCUGGCAUGGGGACUGCCCUCGAUUCACACCAUUCUUCUUACAGGGAGCAGGAUAGAAGGUGGUGCUGUCUCCGGGGCUCUGACCUUCUUACCCACCAUGAGGUGGGGCUUCCGAUUGCCCAGGGCCUCUUGGCGCUCUGGUCAGGGAAGAGCACCCCAACCACCAGGGCCUUUACACGCCACCAUGGAAGCUCAGCGGACAGUGCUCCCCCAUCUGGGAGACAUGGACAGCUAUUCCGGAGCGUCACUGCAGCUGAAGCUAUUGAGCGGCAUCGCCGGAACCUGGCUGAGUGGUUCAUCAGGUUGCCCCGGGAGGAGCGCCAGUUUGGCCCAACUUUUGCACUAGACACGGCCCACGUGGACCCUGUGAUUCGCGAGAGCACUGCUGACGAGCUGCUUCGCCCACCUGCAGAGCCAGCUCUGCAGCAUCAGCUGCCCCAGCCUGGACUCCCCCCACUGGCCCUGUCUCAGCUGUUUGACCCUGAUGCCUGUGGGCGCCGGGUACAGACAGUGGUGCUGUAUGGGACAGUGGGCACAGGCAAGAGCACACUAGUGCGUAAGAUGGUCCUGGACUGGUGUCACGGGCAGCUGCCAGCCUUUGAGCUGAUCAUCCCCUUCUCCUGCGAGGACCUGUCGUCCCUGGGCCCUGCCCCAGCCUCCUUGUGUCAGCUCGUGGCUCAGCGCAACAUGCCCCUGAAGGAGGUUCUACCUCUGAUGGCUGCCGCUGGGCCCCGCCUGCUCUUUGUGCUCAAUGGCUUGGAGCAUCUCAACCUUGACUUCCGGCUGGCAGGCACAGGGCUUUGCAGCGACCCUGAGGAGCCAAAAGCACCAGCUACCAUCAUUGUCAACCUGCUGCGCAAAUACAUGCUGCCCGAGGCCAGCAUCCUGGUGACCACCCGGCCCUCUGCCAUCAGCCGCAUACCCAGCAAGUAUGUGGGCCGCUAUGGCGAGAUCUGCGGCUUCUCUGAUACCAACCUACAGAAGCUCUACUUCCAGCUCCGCUUCAAUCAGCCGGACUGCGGGGUCAGUGCUGGGGGUACGGGUGUCUUGGCCACCCCGGCUCAGCGUGACAACUUGGUGCAGAUGCUGUCCCGGAACCUGGAGGGGCACCACCAGAUUGCCGCUGCCUGCUUCCUGCCCUCCUACUGCUGGCUUGUCUGUGCCACCUUGCACUUCCUGCACACCCCUACACCUGCCGGACAGACCCUCACAAGCAUCUACACCAGCUUCUUGCGCCUCAAUUUCAGUGGGGAAAUGCUGGACAGCACUGACUCCUCCAAGGUGUCCCUGAUGGCCUAUGCAGCCCGAACCCUGGGCAAGUUGGCCCACAAAGGGGUGACCUCUCGCAAGACCUACUUCUCUGAAGAAGAUGUCAGUGGAUGCCUGGAGGCUGGCAUCAAGACGGAAGAAGAGUUUCAGCUGCUGCAUGUCUUCCGCCGGGAUGCCCUGAGGUUUUUCCUGGCCCCGUGUGUGGAGCCAGGGCACCCGGGCACCUUCGUGUUCACUGUGCCUGCCAUGCAGGAAUACCUGGCUGCCCUCUACAUUGUGCUGGGUUUGCAUAAGACCACCCUGCAGCGGGUGGGCAAGGACGUGGCCGAGCUUGUGGGCCGUGUAGGGGAGGACGUCAGCCUGGUACUGGGCAUCCUGGCCAAGCUGCUGCCCCUGCGGGUUCUGCCUGUGCUCUUCAACCUACUCAAGGUGGUUCCACGAAUGUUUGGGAGCGUGGUGGGUAAGAGCCAGGAGGCGGUGGCCCAGGCCAUGGUUCUGGAAAUGUUCCGGGAGGAGGACUACUACAACGACGACGUUCUGGACCAGAUGGGUGCCAGCAUCUUGGGUGUGGAGGGCCCCCGGCGCCACCCAGAUGAGCCCCCAGAGGAUGAAGUCUUUGAGCUUUUCCCCAUGUUCGUGGGAGGGCUUCUCUCUGCCCACAACCGGGCUGUGCUGGCUCAGCUUGGCUGCCCCAUCAAAAACCUGGAUGUCCUGGAGAAUGCCCGGGCCAUCAAGAAGAAGCUGGGCACACGGGGCCGCCAGGUGCUGCCCCCAUCCGAACUUCUUGACUACCUCUUCUUCCACUAUGAGUUCCAGAAUCAGCGCUUCUCUGCCGAGGUGCUCAGCUCUCUGCGCCAGCUCAACUUGGCUGGUGUGCGCAUGACGCCCCUCAAGUGCACCGUGGUGGCAGCUGUACUAGGCAGUGGGAAGCAUGCCCUGGAUGAGGUGAACUUGGCUUCCUGCCAGCUGGAGGCUGCUGGGCUGUGCACACUCAUGCCUGUCUUGCUGCGUGCCCGGAAGCUGGGCUUGCAACUCAACAGCCUGGGCCCCGAGGCCUGCAGAAACCUCCGAGACCUACUGCUGCAUGACCAGUGCCAAAUUACCACUCUGCGGCUGUCCAACAACCCACUGACGGUGGCAGGUGCAGCACUGCUGAUGGAGGGGCUGGCGGGAAACACCUCGCUGACACACCUGUCCCUGCUGCACACCAAUCUUGGGGACGAGGGCCUGGAGCUGCUGGCUUCUCAGCUGGACCGCAACCAGCAGCUGCAGGAGCUUAACGUGGCCUACAAUGGCGCUGGCGACACAGCAGCCCUGGCUCUGGCCAAGGCUGCCCGGGAGCACCCUUCCCUGGAGCUGCUGCACCUCUACUUCAAUGAACUGAGCUCAGAAGGCCGCCAGGUUCUGCGAGACUUGAGGGGCACAGCUGAAGGUGGUGCCCGAGUCGUGGCAUCGCUGACAGAGGGGACAGCAGUGUCCGAGUACUGGUCAGUGAUCCUCAGUGAAGUCCAGCGGAACCUCAACAGCUGGGAUCGGGCUCGGGUCCGGCGCCACCUUGAGCUACUGCUGCGGGAUCUGGAAGAUAGCCGGGGUGCCACCCUUAAUCCCUGGCGCAAGGCCCAGAUGCUGCGUGUGGAGGGCGAGGUCAAAGCCCUUCUGGAGCAGCUGGGGGCCUCUGGAAGCUGAGAAAGUGGCUGCAGGCACCUAGCUGUGUAACCACUGGCCCCCAAAACCGUUUCCUUUGCGGCCUCCUAGCUUGUACGACUUCUUCUAGAAAGACCUCUCCAAGGACUGGAAGCAAAAGAAUGGGCACAGCUGUGCCAGCUGCGGUCCUAGGACAUGUCCAACCAGUGCCCCCAAGCCUGCAAUCUCCAGGGUCAAAGGUGGGGAGUCGGUGUUCUGGGCUUGUAGAAGGAACAUGCCUCCUCUCCCUUCUACUAAAAGGGGUGAAGGAUGUGACAUUUUCAUGGCCACAUUGCCCUGUAGUACCAUCCCCAACCUUGCCUCUCCCAAGGACCCUUUGGUUAUGCCACCAAGGUGGCAUACGUCUUAUGUCCAUCAUGCCACGGGCGCUGCCAUCCGGAAGAUGCAUUGGAGGGUCUAAACUUCCAUCCAUCCAGACCCAGCCUCCACCUCCUACCUUCAUAACCCAUCUGUGGACACCAGGAAUGCCUGCAGUCACUCUCUUCUCACAUUGGUGCUUUCUCCUCACCCUUGUACCCCCUUUACCAAAAUGGUACCUAUGGCUCGGUGGCCCCUGGGGCAGGUGCCCUGACUUGCUACCAUUAAAAAGCUGUGUGUCUUCCA